AUGUCUCAUUCAGAUCUUACAGAUAAAGAUAGUAUAGAAUCAAAUAGAAUAACUCCUUAUGGAGAAAGUAAUAUAUCACAUAAUAAUAAUGGUAAUGAUACUACAUCCACAACCACAAUAAACAAUAAUAAUAUAACAAAUAACCACCACAAUAAUUCCUUACAUCGUAAAACAUCAACAAAUACAGAAGAUGAAAAAGAACUUGAAAGAUUAAUUACAAAUAAUCAAGGAUUGGAAAGAAUAAAAUCAGAAUUAAGAGAAAAAGCAGGACAAUUAGGUCCAUUAGAAGAACCUUAUGAUUUUAAAAGAACUUUAACUCAUCCUGAUCCAAAUUCAGAUUUUAAUGAAAAUGAUCCUUGGAAAUAUCCUGUUGAUAAAGAUUCAGGUUUAAGAAUUGUUGAAUGGGUUGAUCAUGAUUUAAAAAAUCCCAAAAGCUUAAGUAAAACUUGGAAAUGGAUAUAUACAAGUUUAUUAGGUGCUAUUUGUUUUGUUGUUGCUUUAGGUUCUGCUAUAGUUACAGGAGAUUUAGAAAAACCUGCAAAAUAUUUUGGUGUAUCAAUGGAAGUUAUUAUUUUAGCUUCUGUAACAAUGUUUGUUUUAGGUUUUGGAUUUGGUCCUUUAGUAUUUGCUCCAAUGUCAGAGGAAGUUGGUAGAAAACCUAUAUAUGUUGUUACAUUAUUUGUUGCUGUUAUUUUUAUUAUUCCUUGCGGUGCUGCAAAAAAUAUUGGUACUUUAAUUGUUUGUCGUUUAAUUGAUGGAAUUGCUUUCAGUGCUCCAAUGACAUUAAUUGGUGGUUCAUUAGCUGAUAUUUGGGAUGGUCCAGAAAGAGGUGUAGCAAUGGCAAUUUUUUCAGCAGCUCCAUUUUUAGGUCCAGUUUGUGGUCCAAUUUUUGGUGGUUUAUUAGGAGAUUUUACAUCAACAUGGAGAUGGAUUUAUUGGACUUUUUUAAUUGUUGCAGGAGUAUUUUAUGUUGCUUUUAUUGUUGUUGUACCUGAAACUCAUCAUGGUAUAUUAUUGAAAAAAAGAGCUCAAAAAUUAAGAAAAGAUACUGGAGAUUCAAGAUAUAGAAGUCUUAAUGAAAUUGAAGUUAGAAAAUUUAAAGAUGUUGCAAAAACUUCUUUAUUAAGACCUUUCUUAUUACUUUCAGAAUUAAUUGUAUUUUUAAUUACAAUUUAUAUGGCUGUUGUUUAUGGUUUACUUUAUAUGUUCUUUUUUGCUUAUCCUGUUAUUUAUAUGGAAGGUAAAGGUUGGUCAGCUUCUAAAACUGGUAUUAUGUUUAUUCCAAUUGGUGUUGGUGUUAUUAUAGCUACUAUGGCUGCACCAUUUUUUAAUAAUGAUUAUAAUAAAAGAGCUCAAAAAUAUAGAGAUAGAGGAGAAUUACCACCUGCAGAAUUAAGAUUAAUUCCAAUGAUGAUUUCAUGUUGGUUUGUUCCAAUUGGUUUAUUUAUUUUCGCUUGGUCAUCAUAUCCAAGAGUUUCAUGGGCUGGACCAUGUUUUGCUGGUUUAGCAGCAGGAUUUGGUUUCUGUUGUUUAUAUAAUCCAGCUAAUAAUUAUAUAGUUGAUUCAUAUCAACAUUAUGCAGCAAGUGCAUUAGCAGCAAAAACAUUUGUCAGAUCAAUUUGGGGUGCUUGUGUUCCAUUAUUUACAAUUCAAAUGUAUCAUAGAUUAGGUUAUCAAUGGGCUUCAUCAUUAAUGGCAUUUAUAUCAUUAGCCUGUUGUUUAAUUCCUUAUUUAUUUUUCUUUUAUGGUGCAAGAAUUAGAGCUUAUUCAAAAUAUGCUUAUUCACCAGGUAUGGAUGCUAAAAAAUCAGAUCAAGAAAGUCAAAAAGAAAUUAUACAUGAUGAUGAAAGAACUAAAAAUGAAGUUGAGAAUGAAAAAUAA